GAAAAUUUUUAGUAUAAAAGCACUCAAAGUUUUGAUUUGAAUCAUAGUAUUCAUCUGAUGAAAAUGUCAUCUACUAGCACUACUGAUUCGACCAAGAACGUUGCUAUGGAUCAGCCAAUGGUAACAUACUCGAGUGUAGCAGCUACACCGAAGAUGACGUCUUCGCCAGCUCCUUCGACAAUACCGCAGAUACCGUGGGGAUUCCCGUAUAAUAUAUGGAGCAAUCCUCAUCUUUUCAAUCAAGCAUUUCCCGGAUUAGGAAUGAUGCAAACCAUUCCCGGUCCGGUUGCACCUUCACCACCAGGAUUUCAACCGAUUGCAUCUUCUCCUCCUAUCACCGAACCGUCUACUAUCUCAAAAGCGUCUACUUCCACGCCUGCUGACGAGACAACUUCUUCUCCUCUCAUCUCCGAGCCGUCCACGUCUACUAUCUCAAAAGCGUCUACUUCCACGCCUGCUGACGAGACAACUUCUUCUCCUCUCAUCUCCGAACCGACCACGUCUAUCAUCUCGAAAGCGACUACUUCUUCAGCUACCAUCACAAAACCGACUACACAUGGUCCUAUUGUUGACGAGGAGACCACUGUCACGAGG